AUGCUAACCGAAUAUGACUUACUAGACAAUUGUGGCUGCCAACCGACCCUCAAAGUAGAGGAUGUGCCGCAUUUUUAUAGUGAAGGACUUUCAUUCUUUCUCUCUAUCUCUCUUUCUUUUCUUCCUUUCUUUCUUUCUUUCUUUCUUUCCUUCUUUCUUACUUUCUUCUUUACUCCCUUACUUCCCUUCUUUCUUUCUUUCUUUCUUUCUUUCUUUUUGUGUCUUCAUUCUUUCUUUCUUUCUUUCUUUUUGUGUCUUCAUUCCUUACUUCCUUACUUCCAUUCUUUCUUUUUGUGUUUUCAUUCCUUUCUUUCUUUCUUUCUUUCUUUCUUUUUGUGUUUUCAUUCCUUCAUUUCUUUCUUUCUUUCUUUCUUUCUUUUUGUGUUUUCAUUCCUUACUUCCUUUCUUUCUUUCUUUCUUUUUGUGUUUUCAUUCCUUCAUUCCUUUCUUUCUUUCUUUCUUUGUUUUUGUGUUUUCAUUCCUUACUUCCUUACUUCCUUUCUUUCUUUCUUUCUUUCUUUCUUUUGUUUCUUCAUUUCCUUUCCUUUUCUUUCUUUCUUUUUUUUGUUUUUUCAUUCCUUCCUUUCCUUUCUUUCUUUCUUUCUUUCUUUUUUUUUGUUUCUUCAUUUCCUUUUUCCUUACUUUCUUUCUUUCUUUUUUUUUUUUCUUUUUUUGUCUUCCUUCUUUUUCUUCCUUUCUUUUUUCUUUUCUUUUUUGUCUUUCAUUUUCUUUUUGUCCUUUCUUUCCUUUCCUUUCUUUCUUUCUUUCUUUUUUGUGUGUCUUCAUUUCUUUACUUCCUUUCUUUCUUUCUUUCUUUCUUUCUUUCAUUUUUGUCUUUGUUUUCAUUUCUUUCUUUUUGUGUCUUUCUUUCUUUCUUUCUUUCUUUUUGUCUUCAUUCCUUACUUUCUUGAUUUUCUUUCUUUUUUUGUUUCUUCAUUCCUUUCUUCCUUUCUUUCUUUCUUUUUCUUUUUGUGUCUUCAUUCCUUACUUCCUUUUUUCUUUCUUUCUUUCUUUUUGUGUCUUCAUUCCUUACUUCCUUUCUUUCUUUCAUUUUUGUGUCUUCAUUCCUUACUUCCUUUCUUCCUUCCUUUCUUUCUUUCUUUCUUUUUGUGUCUUCAUUCCUUUCUUUCUUCCUUUCUUUCUUUCUUUUCUCGUUCUUUCUUUUAUCUUCUUUCGUUCUUAUUCGUUACAAUUUUACCUUUUUAUCUGUGUCCUCUUUUCACUUGUCCACCCCCUAAACCGUUCAAGUUGUUUGUCCAACUUGUCCACCACUUACUCCCCGACGUCGAUAAAAAUCGUCCACUCUGCCUUCGACCCUCUCCUUUCUGCGCCUCUCCUUUGCGCUUUCCCGACGCACCUACUACGACUGGUACAAUUCUUGUUUUCAAUUAUUUUCCACCUCCUCCUCCUCCUCCUCCUCCUCCUCCUUCUUCUUCUUCUUCUUCUUCUUCUUCUUCUUCUUCUUCGUUGCUUUUUCCAAUCGCUUGA